UCCCGCGUUUCCACGCGCGAUUUCAGUUGUCCGCGGUUACACGAGCUCGCGCGUCACCAUGGAAGCAGUCGGUUUGUGACAUGAUGCGCCAUUUUGAUUCCUAACAUCAUUUGGAGUAGGCAGCAACGGCGACAGAACUAACCGUGGACCAAGAAGAAAGCCUAGAGAAGUUUCUAGUUUUCCACACGUUAAAGGACAGUUUGAACUGUAAUUUUAAAGAAAAGGCGCUUUUUGUGCUUGUUUUUAUCGGAGGCCAUGCUCGUUGUAAGGAUGCUAGCUAAUAUCUAAUACAUGUGAUGCAUGAAUGACAGAGUUAAGUUACGGCUUUUUCGUUACAUGAUCGUUUUUUUCCAUCAUUAUGACACGUUGAAUUGACGGUAGAUAGUAACAAGCUGCUAAGGUCCAAUAUUGUUUGCCCGAUACAAGCAACCAGCCCCCCCCACGCCUUUUUUUAUGAUUGAAACGGUUGCUAUAGGCUCAACUGUACAGCCGGUGGACAUUUUUUAUAGCUACAUAGGAUGGUUCUUUGUUUGUUUGCUAUAUAUUUGCUACAUCUAUACUUAGUAGUUUCAUUUCUGUGCUGGCUAGGCACGUAGGUAACGCACUUAACUAGUUGGACGGGUAACUUUGGCUAGCAAGUUGAAUCUUGGAUUAAACACAGUGUGGAAUACUGCAGUGCCUUAGUUACAAGCUCUGAAGAUUGAUGUUACCAUUCAUCGCAGUGAAGAGUUAAAGAUACGCAUGAUUUUAUUUGAGGUACGCUCUUUUUAACCUAUGUAAAUUUCUUUGCCCCUAUUCAGUGUCAGAGAGUAUUGAUUUUUAGGAUUACCUUAUAGUUCAUCUGUUUAAUCUCGCAUUUGUAAUUACAUUUUUCUGAUCUAUUUUUAUUAUAGUGCCUUUAUUAAGCUAUGAUAUAACAUUAUUAUAUGCUCUCAUGUUAUGCAUGCCUUACGUGAUCAGGGACAGUUCAUAGUGAAUCUUUCAGCUCUUAACAAUGUGAAUCAUUUAAAAUCUCAACAAAUGUACAGAUUCAUAUCGAUGACCUGCCACAUAGAAACCUUGGCUUUGGCCAUGAUCUGAGGAGUACAAUCAAAAAUGAUUUAUGGGCUAAUACCACCAGAACUACAUGCACAGCUCCUUGAUUAUGAAAACUUCCAUAAUCGAACAAAUGGGGUAGAAGAGCUGAAAACCAUUCUUUCCGAUCUGGACUUGAAAACUGUUUCCUCUGACAGUAUUGUGGAAUUCAUCCACUUUUUACAUAGACUUUUAGAAGAUACUAACUUUAAAGUCUUGUAUGGCACUCUACAGGUUAUCAGUCUCCUUGUUCAAAAAUUGAAUUACAGUGUGGACAGAUAUUAUAAGCAGAUUGUGUUUGUGGCUCUCAAAACGUUGGGAGACACACGCAUUGUUUCCCGGAAUGAAUACAUGAAUGUUUUUAGGCAGCUCAUGAGGAUUGUUGGUCCACAAAAGGUUUUGGAUCUUGUAAUUGGACACCUGAAGCACAAAAAUUCCCGUGUUAGAGAGGAUGUCCUCAACAUCAUUACAGCUGCAAUGCUCACACAUCCGAGGAAAGACUUCAGCAUCCCUGAUCUGUGUUUUGUAGUUGCUCCUUUUCUUGCAGACAACAAAAAGAGGGUCCGCCAUGCAGCUCUAGAGCUUUUUGCUGUUUUUGAUUACUGCCUUGACACAGGAAAAAAGCAGCCACUCAUGAAGGCCAUUGACAGGGUCGAGCUCACUGGAGAUAUGGAGGGGCUUAUGGCUGCUGUACAGGCACGGAGGGCUAGGCACAUUCUUCCUCGCCUGUCCGCAGAUGGCAUGGUAGAAUACGCACUGGUUAUCCCUAAGCCUGGUCAGCGACGCAGACCCCAGUUGGGCUCUGGGGCUGAUCUGGACUGGGUCCUCAAUGGAGGGAGAGUUAAUAGUGCUAGAAGCCUCCGAGCAGAACUGGACUCGAAUGGGUUGAAUGGCUACGGCAGCCUCGGAUCCCUGACAGAUGACCUACCGUUACACAGGAGAACAGUCAGCGCUGGGAAAGGGAAAAACAAGCUGCCCUGGGAGAGGUCAAACCUCACAGUAAACCUGCAGCCCAGCAGUGCAUCAAAUGGAAAGUCACUUGAUAAGGCAAGCAUUGACAAUCUGGCUACCUCUAUGAGACUGAAUCAGGAAUCCUAUGUCACCAACUUUGGUUCAGCAGAAACUUUCCAGCCACACACUCCAAGCUUGGCAGAAACAGUAGGCAGGCUUCGCCGAAGUGGUAGCCUAGACUUGGCUGAUGCUGAAAGAGGUGAGCUUAGCCCCAGCGGGUGUUCAGCCCUGCCUAUGCGCACUUCUCGGGCAAGUGGCACCUCAGCUUCAUCUUUUCCUCAGGCCCUGAGUGCCGCCAGGUUGUCUCCACCCAUCUUCCCAGUCACACAGCAGUCUAUGCAGAAUGGCGCCCAGCAAGAUCAGCUUAGCAAGAAUCUUAAUCUUGACCUGUCAUUCAUGAACCUGCAGGACCCAGAUGAAGAGCCAGUGGACAGAGAGGAGAUGAUGAACUCCUUGCGCUCUUUGCGCAACAGUGCAGCUAAGAAGCGGGCCAAGGUGAACCUGAGUGGCUCUGAACCAGACCCAGACAGUCCAGACACAGCAAUGAAGCUUGUUCCAACUCUUGAUUCUCUCUCCCACGCCUCACUAUCUGUGACCAGUCCCUUGAGCGAGAGCAGCCAUUCCAGCCUCUGUUCCCCUCCUACUCCCAUUACCAGUGGCACUAAGAGCAGCCCUUGGAAAGGACAGAUUGGUAGAGUGCCAUCAGGGAGACAGAAGACUCUGACCUCAGUGGAGGCAAGUUCUAAAGAUGUCCAACAGCAAGAAAAGGCUUUCUCUAAUGUAAGUGUAAUUGGUCAGAGUGUAAUUUACUCUAAUGGACCAACAGAUAAAGAGAGGUCCAGAGAAACAGUGUCAUCUCCUCAUGUUAGACCUGCAGGUCGGGAGCCUGUCCGUGCUCUAAGACCUAUGAAAGGAUCUCAGAUACACAGCACCAGGGCUUCCCCUGCUGGUGAAAUGUCUGAAGGAGUAGUUGGCCGAGGUGUAUUUGGUUCCCUUGUCCUUGUUGCCCACCCCAGUGUAGCAAUAUGUCAUGGGCAGGAGGACUCUCUAAGCAAAGUCCCUUGGGAUCCACCAGCUGGAGUAUGUGGCAAUGCUGUUUCUGCCAGCCAUGCUGAUUCAGACAUGAGCCUUGAGCCAGAGGAGACAGUGGAAAGAGUAAAGAUGUCCAGGUUCACAAGGGAAAAUAUGCAUCAGCAUUUUUUAGAGCAACAAGAAGCCCAGCGCAUGGAACGAAUGAGGCAGCAUCUUAGACACACAGUGUCUGAAGUGGACUCUGAUGAAUCAGCACGUCCAAAAGAUUUUCAGCUGAACGAUACUGUUGUAGCCUCAAGUAAGACAGAAACACCUGCAGAUGAUUUGGCUUCAAGCCCUACUGGUCUGCAGAAAUGCCAAAAUCCAGUUAAAUGUUUCAGUCCACACCAUCAGCCCAGUCCACCUGCCGCACUCCCCACUAGACGCAUGCAGCCACGUCGGAGAAGAGCCACCAGUCUAAAUAGAACACAUCCAUCUCUCUCUCAUAGCUCUGAUGAAUUCACACCAGGUACCCCAAAGAAAGAUCCUCCUGAGCAAAAAGAACUGCGUCCUUUCUCUAAACCAGACUUUGCCCUUACUCAGAGCUUCAGACUGCUUAACUCAGAAGACUGGGAAAAGAAAAUCGAAGGCCUGGGUUUUCUACGAGGUUUAGCACAGUAUCAUACUGAUGUGCUUAUUAGCAGGCUCCAUGAUGUCUGCUUGAUUCUCAUUCAAGAGGUUCGAAACCUGCGCUCUGGAGUGUCACGCAUGGCAAUAGUGACUUUGGGAGAGUUUUACUCUGGUCUGCAGAAGGGAAUGGACCAGGAGUUGGAAGCUACAACCAAAGCACUCUUACACAAAGCAGGAGAAUCCAAUGCCUUUAUCAGGCAGGAUGUUGAUGCAGCGCUGGACAGCAUGGUGCAGAACUGCACACCUACCCGCGGCAUGAGUGCCUUACUCACUGGAGGACUUGGUCACUUGAAUCCAGUAGUAAGAAAGUGCACUUCUCAGCACUUGGCUACUCUGGUAGAAAAGAUUGGUGCUGGGCGUUUACUUUCUGGGACCAAAGAUCUCACUGACCGAAUCUUGCCUGCAGUAGCCAAACUGGCACAGGACUCUUCCCAAGAGACCAGAUUCUUUGGUCGACAGAUGCUGCUGUUACUGUCAUCUCAUCAUGACUUUGAUAAAAUGAUGGCAAAGUACAUCCCUGACAAAGACCUGGCAGCCAUCAGGGACACUGUCCUCACACUGAAAACCAAGGGACUGGGUGAGAUGCCUCAUGAUACUCCUUCAGCUCGAGGCAGACACUCCAUCCCUGGUGGUGGACUGGUGCGUGUCUCCUCUCAUGCUCGUGAACCUCAACUUGCCCUCAGUAAAGACAGUGGAAAAGCACAGACCCACAGCAUUGCGGACAAGACAGAGUACAUUAAGCAGCUUGCAGUCCUGCUGAGUUCAAAAGACUUCAGGGAACGCAUCAAGGGCAUUGAUCAGUUGGUCACUGACUGUGAGGAUAACCCCUAUAUGAUCCUGGGCAACAUGUUCCCGAUAUUUGAUGCCUUUAAAUCACGACUUCAGGAGUCAAAUAGCAAGGUUAACCUGUAUGCCUUGGAGGCCUUACAGAAGAUAAUCCCAUUGCUCAGAGACAACUUGGCCCAAGUGGUUUACAUCCUCGUUCCAGCUAUAGUGGACAAUCACCUCAACUCCAAGAAUGAUGCAGUUUACAUGGCUGCAACAGGUGCCAUUCAAGCUCUCAUCAGUAACAUUGACAAUACAGUUCUUCUUCAGAUCUUUUGCACAAAGGCUCAGUUUCUCAGUGGGAAGGCUAAGGUGGACCUUGUUGAUAAAGUUGCAGAACUGGUUAAGGAGCUGUACCCACGCAAACCACAGCUAGUAGAGCAGAAAGUACUGCCUCUACUCUGGCACAUCUUGGGGACUUCAAGCAACAGUGGCACUGUCCGUGGGAGGGGUGGUAGUGUGAGAGGGGCCACUGCCAUCCUGUGCCAAGCCCUUUAUAUGCACAUGGGCCAGGCGCUGAUAGAUUGCGCUGCUUCUCAACCUUCGAACAUUCACCAGAGCCUAAAUGACUUUUUGAAGAACCUUCCAACCCCAUGAGAUAUCCCACUCAAAUGAAAUCAAACAUGAAUUCUACUUCAGGAAAUGUGUUUUUGCAUUUCUCACAGUGUCUGUUCUUUUUAACAAGAAAUGAAAAGAUUCUGUUCCUGAAUAACCUCCCAACCUUGAGAUCUAUCACCUAAGAUGUCCAGACUAAAACAACACAGAUUAUAAACGUUUAUAGUACUUUACAGUAGAUAUGUUUUUGCAUUUCUCAGAAAGUUUGCACUUUAAAAAAUUGAACAAGAAAAGGCGACAAAAGAACUUUGAAAUAGCAGAACAUGAAGUCCUGAAAAGUCCUUCAGUAUAAGAGUACAGAUUUUAGUUUAUGUAGUCAGGAUUAAUAUUUCCAAGAGCGCUGCUCUUUUUGCACUUUGAAACAUUAACACUAUCCUCAUAAUUUGUAUGGUGACUAUAACUAUACAUUGUUUUGUGAUUAUUUUUCUGUUUGUAGGUUUUUCAGAAUGCUGACAUCCUGAGACAACCAUGCAGAAUGUAAUUUUUGAAAUGCAAAAUGAAAAGGCUAUGUACCCUUAUUUUUUUGAUGUUUGUGAUAAAAACUUGAAUAUGAAGAGUCAUAAGUGGUUGUUCUAAACAUUUGUGCAAGUAAAAGUUAUUUACAAAAAGCAUUUGUACUGUGUAGUUAGGAAGUGUAGAGGCACAGUAUUACCUUAAUGUAGUUGCUGUAUAAUGCAUCAUGUGCAUAGAUGAACACUUCUGUAGUAAGUUAGCUAAGUAAUUAUGGCCUUUGUUAUAAGUGGCACCCUAGUUCCAAUCAUUUUGCAUAAACACAUUUAUUGGUGGAAUGAAAAGAAUGUAUUUGUAUUAGUCAGACACCAAAAUGAAAUCUGGAUGUAAAACAACUAUUUCUGGUGAAUAAUUACAGGCAAAUGGUAAAAGCUGGCUUAAAACUAACAGGUAUAUUAUUAGACAACACAAAUUUAUGCCCAGAUGUCUAAUUCUUAUUUAGUAUACUGCCUGUAUCAAGUAGCUUAUUUUGAAAUUAAUCUGAAAAUUAAAUGAUAAACUAUCUGUGGUAUGUAGAUUGAUCAAAAUGUUUUAGAUUUAGAUUUACAACACGCAUCAUUUUCUUAUUCACAGGUGAAGGGAAAAAUUAAUACCCCAGUGUAACAAAAAAAAAAACGCCCAGUACUGCCACAAAAAAUCUCAAAAUAAAAUACAGAA